AUGCCAGUUUCAAAAAAACAAAAGGUAGAUACAACAGUUACUGUAACAACUAAAAAACAAGUUGAAAGUACUGAAAAACCACAUAAACAAUCAAAAGAAUCUAAAGAAUUAAAAGCUACAACAACCCCAACUACAACCACACCAACAACAACAACUACUAAAAAACAAACAACAACCAAAGAAUCAGUAUCAAAACAACCAAUUAUUAAAUCACCAAAUAGUUCAAAGGUUCAUCAUUGUUCAUUCUCAAGUUGGUUACCAAAACCAAUUACAUCUAUUAGUUAUAAUCAAGAAAAUAAUUUAAUUGCAGUAUCACGUCAAGAAUCACCACUUGAAAUUUGGAUUAAAAAUGAUCAAGAAUUAAUUUUACUUAAAACAUUAGGAGGAUCAAAAUUUGAUUUACCAAUUAUUUCAGUAAUAUGGUUAAAUAAAACAAUAUUAUUAUCAACAUUUGAAAAUAAAUUUGUAAUUUGGGAUAUUUCAAGUUAUUCAAUUAUACAAGAAUUAAAUUCAAUUGGUACUGUAAGAGGUGUAUCAUUUAAUAGAUUAUUAAAUUUAUUAGCAGUUUGUACACAUGAUUCAAAUGUACGUUUAUAUAAUUUCAAAAAAGAUGAUAAUGAAAUUGAAUAUCAAUCUUCAUUCCCAUCAGUUUCAGAUUCAAAAAUUAAUACUAUUCAAUGGGCAUUAGAUCAAAAAACUAUCUUGGUUGGUUGUCAAAAUCAAUUGGUUGUUUUUAAAGUUGAUUCUUUACGUUCAUCUUUAACUAUUACAACUGAUAAUAUAGUUUCAUUAAAUUCAUUAAAUGAUAAUACAGUUGCUUGUGGUUUUACAAAUGGUUUUAUUUCAAUUAUUGAUAUUAAAUUUGGUAGUAUUAUUCAAGAUUUUAGAAAUCUUCAUGCUCCAGUUAGAUCAAUUCAAGUUAAUAAAAAAGGUGAUCAAUUCUUUGCAUCUGGUGAUGAAGCAACCAUUGUAUCAUAUAAUAAAUCAAGUGGAAAUAAUAAAUGGGCAUUCAGUGGUCAACAUAAAAGAGAUAGUCAUGAUAUUAAAUGUUUAGAAAUUACAAAUACUCAUUUAAUCUCUGGUGGUAAUAGUACUCAAAUGAUCUUUUAUGAUUUAUCUAAUUUCUCAAGUUUAUCAAAUUCAAAUGGUUCAAUUCCAAAUUAUUUUAGAUGUAAAUCAUUACCAUUACCAAAUACAAUUGCAAUUACACAACCAUCAUCAUCAUCACAAAAUCAAAUUCUUUUAAUUGAAUUUUCAAGAUAUCAAAUUAAUAUUUGGCAAUUAGGUUCAACUAAUGAUAAUAAUGAUAAUUUAGAUUUACCAAAUGGUACCCAUUUAAAUUUAUCAAAAAAAACUAAAAAAUUAUUACAAUUUGAAUCAAAGAUUUAA